ACUGCCGGCUUCCGCAGGGUCGCGGGAGCCGCGCGGCGGAUGGGAGGGGCUGGAGCGAAAGUUGCGGGCGCGGGAUCCGGGAUCCGGGGCAAUGGAACCGGGCUCCGCUUUGUCCCCCGGCCCUUCCCGCUCCUUCAAGGAGGAGCUGCUCUGCGCCGUCUGCUACGACCCCUUCCGUGACGCCGUGACUCUGCGCUGCGGCCACAACUUCUGCCGCGGGUGCGUGACCCGCUGCUGGGAGGUGCAGGUGGCACCCACCUGCCCGGUGUGCAAGGACCGCGCGGCCCCCGCCGACCUGCGCACCAACCACACCCUCAAUAACCUCGUGGAGAAGCUGCUGCGCGAGGAGGCCGAGGGCGCGCGCUGGACCGGCCACCGAUCUCCGCGCCUCUGCCGCCUGCACCGCGGCCAGUUCAACCUCUUCUGUCUCGACGACAAGGAGCUGCUGUGCUGCUCGUGCCAGGCCGACCCCCGGCACCAGGGUCACCGCGUGCAGCCGGUGAAGGACACUGCCCACGACUUUCGGGCCAAGUGCAGGAACAUGGAACACGCACUGCGGGAGAAAGCCAAGGCCUUCUGGGCCAUGCGGCGCUCCUACGAGGCCAUCGCCAAGCACAAUCAGGUGGAGACUGCCUGGCUGGAAGGGCGAAUCCGGCAGGAGUUUGACAAGCUUCGAGAGUUCCUGAGAGUGGAGGAGCAGGCCCUCCUGGAUGCCAUGGCCGAGGAGGCCAGGCAGAAGCAGCUUCUGGCCGAGGAGAAGAUGAAGCGACUGGCGGAAGACACGGAGGCCCUGGCCCAUGAGAUUGAGCGGCUGCAGAUGGAGAUGAAGGAGGAUGACGUUUCUUUUCUCAUGAAACACAAGAGCCGAAAACGCCGCCUCUUCUGCACAAUGGAGCCGGAGCCUGUCCAGCCUGGUAUGCUCAUCGACAUUUGCAAGUACCUGGACUCCCUGCAGUACCGAGUCUGGAGGAAGAUGCUCGUGUGUGUCGAAUCUGUGCCUUUCAGCUUUGAUCCCAACACUGCGGCUGGCUGGCUGUCCGUGUCAGACGACCUCACCAGUGUCACCAACCACGGCUACCGGGUCCAGGUAGAGAAUCCGGAGCGCUUCUCAUCGGCGCCCUGCCUGCUGGGCUCCUGCGUUUUGUCGCAGGGCUCGCAUGCUUGGGAGGUGGACCUGGGGUCGCUGCCGAGCUGGCGCGUGGGCGUGGUGCGGACGCGCCAGGACGUGGGCACCGAGGACCUCUGGCACAGCUGCUACCACGACACGCGCUCGGGCUUCUGGUACGUGUGCCGCACGCAGGGCGUGGACGGCGACCACUGCGUGACCUCGGACCCCGCCACAUCGCCCCUGGUCCCGGCCAUCCCGCGCCGCCUGCGCGUGGAGUUGGAGUGCGAGGAGGGUGAGCUGUCCUUCUACGACGCGGAGCGCCGCUGCCACCUGUACACCUUCCACGCCCGCUUCGGGGAGGUGCAGCCUUACUUCUACCUGGGCGGCUCACGGGGGGACGGGCCCCCCGAGCCGCUGCGCAUCUGCCCCCUGCGCAUCACUGUCAAGGAGGAGCUGGAUGGCUGAAGCCCGCCCUGCCGGAUGCCACCGGGUCUCGCGCCCCAGUCCCGUUUCUUUCUGUCUCCUCCCAAAGGCACACUUGCCUUGGUACCUCUCUGCCUCCCGCCUUCUUGCCAGGAUCUUCCUACUGGCCAUCCUGUCCUUUUCUGUGGCUCCAGGCCAUGUGCCUCCUCCCUCAUUUUUGGUCCCUUCUCUACCCACCUUUGAAAGUUAUCCAGGAGACACCUCCCUGAUGAGGCUUUUUCCAAAGUUGUGGCAUCCUCUGGAUGUGAAUUUUCUGAUUCACAUUCUAAGAUUGCUGGGGAUAAUGUUUGCUUCUAGAAUGGAUCUGUUUAAAAAUGUGAGUUUCAUCAUUUUCCAGGAGUGGUGAGGCCAGCAGACUGGAAGAGGACUGCUGUUGAGAAGAGUUUGUUACUCACAGUCCCCAGGACGAGGGCCCUGCCAUGGUGGGGGUGGGGUGGGGUUUGGGAAGCACCAGGGUCCUUAGGACGCAGGGGGUGUGAGGGGAAAGCUUGGGUGGGAGACUUAUUGUGCUUUUCAAGGGAAGGAACAGGCCAGGCAGGGUAAGUGGGUUUAUGAUCAGCAAGUUGGAAUACUUUUGACCAGCGCUCAGGCUCAGGGGCUGCCCCUAGUUGUCUGAUACCUGGCCCUGGGAUGCUUAGGACAGGGAGAUACUGGCCUGGAGUGGAGGAGCCCUGUGAGAGGCUGAUACCGGAGGUGGUUGGGGGGUACAGCUCUGCGUGUAGAACGUUGGCUGCAUUUGAAAGGCGUGCUCAUAGGGGAGUUGUUUGCUGUAUCCAGGAAUUUGCUAGCCGGAGAACCCCCAGAUGCCGAAGUGUCAAGAUUACAGAAAGGAAGAAAAUAUAGUUAAUACAGGACCAUUGCCAUGGCUUUGGAGAGGACCCAUGGCCAGGCUUGUCUGUCACUUUAUACCAGUAUUUAAAACUGCUCCAAGGACCUCCCUGGAGCCCUUCAGGGUGGGGUUGGGGGCAAGGCUGCCCAUCAGCUUGGCUCUGAUGUAUUGAUUUACACUUCUUGGAUGAUUUCCUCUGAACAGAGGUUCCAGAGCACUUUAAAACACAUCAUUUAAAAACCAUGGUUUAGACUUGUUCCCUCUGUGGGCCUCACUUUCCUCAUCUGCAGUGAGACUGUAGGCCUGGAAGGUGGUGCCCUUCUGUAAUUGUGUGGAGCAUCUUCCUCUGAUUCUUCUCACAAAGGUACAGAAGGGAGGGAAAGAGGGGCCCUUUCAGUUAGGAAGGAGGGAAGGGGACUCGGUCCAGGGGAAGUACAAGGAGGGAGGGAGCUCCAGGGCUCUUGUCUUUGCUGACCUCAGCCUGCAGGGGAGGUACAAGGAGGGAGGGAGCUCCAGGGCUCUUGUCUUUGCUGACAGCCUGCUCGUUCUUGUUCUCCUGGCUUUUGCGUUCUCGUCCUGAUUUCUCCCUCUGCCAUGCCUAUAGACUCCUACCUCCACCUUUUCUUCCUCAUACCUGCCUGCAGAGAGUUUUUCAUUGUCAACUCACCGUGUCCUGGGACAGUACUGUAAAAGGAAAUGUUUUCCCACUGGAGCAGUGUUCUAAUGGGGGCGCUUUCCUGACCAAGGACUCACAAACUUUCUCCUGCUUGUGUCCCCUGGUUCACAGAAAUGGACAUUUUAAGCAGAAACGAUGAUUCAAAACUAAAAAUUGGUUACAAAUGGGAUGUGUACAUCAUUGGUGGCCAUGGGGAGGGAUGUGGUAGGAUAUGCCACUGAGUGAAGGAAGAGCAGGCGUGGGCGAGGGGGUGAGGAUGUUGGCAAACAGGUGUGAGCUGAGCAGGGCCCCACUAAAGGCUCUCAGACUCAGCAAAGCUCAAGGCACUUUGCAGCCAACACAUCUGAGUCCUGUGUGCACUUUCUACCAUAAAGUAUUUAGCCCAUCAAAUAUAAUUUCUACAUAAAAAUGUUGACCUGAAAUUAUUUUGUUCGUUGUAAUAAACUUAUAAAAAAUGUUUUUCCUUUCCACCUUAGGUGUUGGAAGAGGUUUUUUCUAGAGGGUAAUUUACAUAGCCUAGGCCCCUUUUUACCAAAAUGAAAAACGAUAUUUGAGCUAAAGCCCACUUUGUCUUUUGACAUUUUCUUUUCAGUGUUGUUGUAAACAAAAGUUCAUUCACCUUGUGGCAUGUAUCCCACUUUUUUUGUUUUUAUUAUUGGAUAAUCUAUUGUAUGGAUAUUCUACAUUUUAUUUAUUCUUCAGUUGGUGGAAACAUUUCGAUUGUUUCCACUUUUUGCCGUUAUGAAUAACGCCACUGUGAACACUUGAGUACAAGAUUUUGUGUGGACAUAGGUUUUUCGUCCUCUUGGGUAUGUAUCUAGGUGUAGACUUGCUGGAUCAUGUGGUAACUCUGUUUAACCUUCUGAGGGACUGCCAGGGACUUUCCAGUAUGGCUGCACCAUUUUAUAGUCUUACCAGCAGGGUAUGGGGGUUCCAAUUGCUCUAUAUCCUCAUCAGCACUUGUUAUUGUCUGUAUUUUAACUUAGCCAUCCUAGUGGGUGUGAAGUGGUAUCUCAUUGUAGUUUUGACUUGGAUUUCCCUGAUGCUUAACGGUAUCAAGCCUCUUUUCCUGUGCUUAUUCUCCAUUUGUUUAUCUUAGGAGAACUGACUUCAGAUCCUUUGCCCAUUUUUAACUGAGUUUUUUGUCUUUUUCCUAUUGAGUUGCAAGACUUCUUUAUAUACAUUCUAGAUACAAGUCCCUUAUCACAUACAUGAUUUGCAAAAAUGUUCUGCCACUCUGUGGGUUGUCUUUUCACUUGCUGGAAGAUGUCCUUUGAAACACAAAAGUUUUAAUUUUGAUGAUGGCCAGUUUAUUUUUCCUUUCAUUGCUUGUGUAUCCUAGAUCUCUUACCUUGGACACUGCCCUUAAGCUCAGAGACUCCAGAUUCUGGAUUUUGGCUCCGGCUUGGGCAUUUGUCCUGCUGACAAGGAGCCCUAGUCCAAGAGCCCGUUCCUUCUUCCCUUGAGCCCUCCUACCGCCGCCUCCCUCUCUCACUAGCCCCCAUUUCAUUCUCCUGCUCAAUGUGACAUCCAGGCUGGAGGUUGACUUAAUGAUUCAUGAGCUACCUGAGCCUUUUGAACCUCUGCUCCGUCAUCUAAAUGAGGAUUAGUAUACCUACCUCAGGCUGUUGUGGGGAUUUUGGUGUACAAAUGCCAUGUGGUAUAUCCUAAACAUAGUAUAGAUGUAAUACCUGUUGGCUAAUUCUUCAGAAAGUGGGAGGUUUUGAAUGAUGACCUUACGAGUCAUGUUAAUGAAAAAUCCCAAAGGAAGCUGAGACAUGUAAGUUAUCCAAUAUUGGGAGUGCUCAGAUUUCUUGAGACUUUUAACAAGAAUGUGUACACAAAACUUAUGUUUAUGACAAAUUUCAGUAACAUGGGAAAAUGGUUAUGUUGCGAUGACCGAGAAGACUAGGAUUUAUAUGUAUAGACACGCAACACACACACAAAGACAAUUUGUCUCUAAUGUGUGUGUGUUGUGUGAUUAGAUCAUCCAUUUAUGGGGCUGUAAAUUCCAAAGGUACCAAAGGUUCUAGAACAGUCUCCCACUUCUGCCCAAACACUCAGCUCCCUUCCUUGUGGGCAAUCAUUACCAUGAAAAAAUCCUUCCAGAGAGAUUUUAUGUACAGCAAUACUCUUGUUUUACGAGUAUAUUCUGGCUCCCCCAAUACACUGUAAUUUAAAAGCAGAUACUCUAGAUCUGUAUCUCUAAGCAACCCAACAAGAGGAGAACACUCAAAAUAAAGGAUGUUAUUCAAAUAAUUUCCUCCCCUCCAGGGGGAGGUUUGUCAUGGAUGUUUUCAUGCAGUCACUUCACUGGUGGAUUCAGCUUUUCAUUGUUUAUUUCACCCUAGGGUUUUAAAACAGGGAAAAAACAAAGUGGAAUUUAGUUGCUCCUGACAUUGGAAGACAAACCUUACACUUGAGACCUCAACAUAUGUUUUUAAAAUCUCAAUCUUCACCAAGGUGUCUAGUGACCUAGAUAGCUAGUAGUUAAGAGGCUGGGCUAUGGGAUGGACAACCUGGAUUCAAGCUCUGCUUCAACCACUGUGUCACCUUGGGAGAGUUAUUUAACUUCUCGGUGCCUUAGUUUCAUCAUGUGAAAGAACGGAGAUAAUAUCUUAAGAUUAAUGGAGAUAAUAACCUACUUCAUAAGGUGGUUAUGAGAUUAAGUGAGCAAGUGUGUAAAGCACUUAGGACAGGGUCUGGCAUAUACUUUGCCAUUGAGAGUUUACUAUUGUUUCCCCUGGCGCUGCUACUCCAUAGCUCUGUGACUUCAGAUAAAGCCAUUUGACUUCUGUAAACGGGGAAAUGAAAACAUGGGCAUGAUUUUUUCAAGGUCUUUUCCAGUUCUAAUGUCCUGUGAUUCAUAAUUUGUGUCCCUAGCGAAGGCUGGGAUCCUGCAUGCAGUAGGGGCUGCUGAUUUAGGGUGCUGCUGUCGACCAGUAUCCAAGACCCUCCAUGUGGUACCAGAAGGCUUGCCUCACGUUUGAGUCUGGAGAAAAAGAAAACGAAUGAGUCAUAAUGUGUGAAGGAUAGAAAAGUUAUUCCAGAGAGCAGCAGGUCUUGAAACUUUGUUCCUAAGAUUACUAAUCAAUCAUGCACAAUAAAAUUGUACUGUCAUGUUC